AGCUGUAGGCUUAGGUUAUAUUUGCUAGGCUUAGGUUGUAAAGAUGUGUCGUUGUACCGUUUUACUUUUGUUUUAUUCUUGACUAAUAAAAUUUGGCCUUUAUUACCGUUUACCUGUGCUUAUCCCAAACAAUUUUCUCCCCAACCGCCUAUAGUGAUACGUGUUGGUGCUGUAUGUUGUCUAAGAUAUGGUCCAAUUAAACUAAACGGUUUAAUUUUUUGCCCAAUUAAAUCAAUUGGUGUUUAUUGUUUCUGAUAUUUAUUUAUUUGUUGGUUUUUUUUUGCCUUUUCACAUUACAAGAGCUGAGAUUCUAUUGAAUUCGUUGCUUCAAUCUUCUUAGAUCUGCAUACUUAUUCCGAGGGUUUUACUUAUUCUGAGGGUUUAUAAAGGUUUGAAUUUGUUGUGCAGCAGGAUUUUGUGUAUGCUAAUUAGGAGGACCGAAGAUCUGCAUACUUAUUUCGAGGGUUUAUAAAGGUUCGAAUUAGUUGUGCAGCAGGAUUUUGUGCAUGCUAAUUAGGAGGACCGAAGGUGUUACAUCUGAUCCUAAUUUCAAUAAGAGAGACAGCGGGAUUUAUACUUUUAGAGUUCAAGGUUGCUGCAAUUUGGGUGGACGGUGAAGAUAAUGGGGAGUGUGGUCCAAGAGAUAUCCGAGUUACAACCCAUGAAGCUGACUCUAGAAAUAUAAAGUAUUUUUAUGGCUGUUAUGAUCCUCUACAGUAUCCUUUAAUGUUUCCUUUUGGAGAACUAGGCUGGCAUCAAGGUAUUCUAAAAAAAAAAUAAAACAACCCAAGUUAGAAAGCAGGGUUUGUGUUCAGCUGUAGAAAAACUUAUUGCUCCGGGUAGUAUAGCGUGUGCGGAUGACUUAUUAAAGAUGGAAGAAAUUGUGCUUGGAAGAAACGCAGAUAACCCCAAGGUUGUAUCUGUUAGAGAGUAUUACGCUUAUAAGCUUCAGAUAAGGCAUGAUGACACAACUUAUUUACUCUAUUUUGGUAGAUUACUACAGCAGCAUAUAGUUGACAGCUAUGUUAAAUUAGAAACACAAAGACUAGAUUUUUUUAGAAUACAACAGGAAGAAAUAAGACAAGAAUUCUUGCAAGGAGUUGUGGAUGCAAUGGCAAAAGGGGAAACAGAGGGUUCUGCUAUUGGUAGAAGAAUAGUAUUACCUUCGAAUUUUAUUGGCGGCCCUAGAAACAUGAGACAAAAAUAUGUAGAUGCAAUGGCCUUGGUUCAAAAGUUCGGUAAGCCUGAUAUUUUUUUAACUAUGACGUGCAAUCCUAAUUGGCCUGAAAUAAUAGAAAAUCUUAAACCAUAUGAAGAAGGCCAAAAUAGAGCUGAUUUGAUUGUUAGAGUUUUUCAUGCUAAAGUAGAACAACUUAAACAUGAACUUUUCAAGAAUAACAUUUUCGGAGAAAUUUGUGCUCACACUUACGUUAUAAAAUUCCAAAAAAGAGGACUUCCACAUGCACAUUUUUUUCUUAUAUUAGAAAGCAACUGUCAAAUGCAUACACCUGAAGACUUUGACAAAAUUGUUUCUGCUGAAAUACCAUCACAAAGUGCAAAUCCUCAUUUGUUUAGGAUGGUUGUGCAACAUAUGAUUCAUGGUCCAUGUGGCUCUUUAAAUCCUUUUAACGUAUGUAUGAAAAAGAAGGGUUCUUGUAAAAAUCUUUACCCAAAAGACUUUUCUUCUCAGACUAUUCAGACAGACGAUGCAUAUCCUAUAUAUCGUAGACGUAACGAUGGGUCUGAAGUGAAAGUCAGAGGUGCUAUUCUUAAUAAUAAAUGGGUCGUUCCGUAUAAUGCCUAUUUGCUUUGUAAAUUUAACUAUCACAUUAAUAUAGAAAUUUGUUCAUCAAUAAAGGCUGUGAAGUAUAUAUAUAUAAGUAUAUUUGUAAAGGUUCUGACAAGAUAAGCUUUAAUAUUUCUCCAAUUACAAACCCUGUCCUUAUAAAUGAGAUUGACGAGUAUCAAUCAGGUCGAUGGGUUUCUCCUCCUAAAGGUGCAUGGAGAAUUUUUAAAUUUCCUUUGGGUGAAAUGAAACCAGGUGUUAUUCAUUUGCCCUUGCAUUUAGAAAACUAUCAGCCUUUGACAUUCAAACGUAAAUCAACAUUGGUUAAUAUUCUGAGUAACUCUGGUAAAAGAAAAACUAUGUUGACUGAUUUUUUUGUUGAAAAUGAUAUUGGAGUUUUAGCAAAAAAGCUUAAGCUCACAUACAAUCAGUUUCCUGAUCAUUUUGUUUGGAAGGGGGAUAAAAAGAUGUGGUCACCCCGGAAAAUAGGCGACUCAAUUGGUCGUAUUGUGAUUGCUCAUCCAACUGAAGGCGAAAGGUAUUAUCUUAGAAUUCUUUUGUCUAGAGUUCGCUGUCCUAAAUCGUUUGCUGAUUUAAAAAUGAUUAACGGGGUAACUGUUGCUACCUUUAGAGAAGCUGCUUUGUUACGUGGUUAUUUACUUGACGAUGCUACUCAACAAGUAUGUAUGCAAUAAGCUUCUACUUUUCAUAUGCCAUAUGAGUUGAGAAGGCUUUUUGCUUCACUUUUAGUUUUUACCUGUUCAAAUAGUCCGCGCAAGUUGUGGUUGUUAUUUGAAGAUGCAAUAAUGGAAGACAUUUUACGCCAUCACAAAGAGACACACAAAGAAUCUAAUGCCCGUGCAUUUAAACAGAUUGAUUGUUUUCUGCAAUCAAUGGGAAGACGUCUUCAUCGGUUUGAUGUUCUACCCCAAAAUUCAUUUGAUCGGUUGAUGGAAGACGACACUAGAGAGAUUAAAACAGAAAAAAUAUUGUUGUUUCCACUGAAGAUUUGGCUGCAAUAUAUACUCUUAAUAGAGAACAGAAGGUUGCUUUUGAAAUGAUAAUGGAUGCAGUUAGCUGCAAUAAACCUGGUUGUUUCUUUAUCGAUGGUCCAGGUGGCACUGGGAAAACAUUCUUAUAUAGAGCUUUAUUGGCUAAAAUUAGAUCUGAAGGUCAUGUUGCUUUGGCUACAGCUACAUCAAGUAUUGCAGCAUCAUUAUUGCCUGGUGGCAGAACAGCUCAUUCGCGUUUUAAAAUACCUUUGGAUGCGGCUGAAGGGUUUGUAUGUAAGGUUAGUAAACAAAGCUCUUUAGCAGUGCUCAUUAGGAUUUGUAAGUUGAUUAUAUGGGAUGAGGCUCCAAUGGAAAAGAAAUCUGCAAUUGAAUCCUUGGAUAGUCUACUUAGAGAUAUAAUGGACUGUUCAGCUACUUUUGGUGGUAAAGUUGUUGUUCUUGGUGGUGAUUUCAGACAAACUCUUCCUGUUGUUAGGCUAAAAAGUAAAACACAAACUAUUUCUGCUUGUUUAACUAAUUCUUAUUUAUGGCCAUCUCUUACCCAUUUGCAGCUAACAGAAAACAUGCGAGCUCUAUUGGAUCCUUUUUUUUCAAGUUUCCUUUUGGCACUUGGUAAUGGUAUAGGAACUCAUACAGACGAUGCAAUUGUUUCUCUGCCAUCAUCAAUGCUCAUUCAGGGUUGUAAUGAUGUUAACGGUUUGGAAGCUCUUAUGAAAUAUGUUUAUCCUAACAUUUUUCUUACUCCUGCCACUUUCUCUCCCACUUGUAAUGGUGCUGUUCUAACAACUAAAAAUACUUUUGUAGAUGAGAUUAAUGAUACUUUGAUAUACAAAUUACCCGGAGAAGAGAUUGAAUAUUUUAGUCUUGAUGAGACUAUUGAUCCAAAUGAUCAGGCCUAGUAUGAGGAUUUACUUCAUUCCUUAACACCAAAUGAGAUAAGCUAUGGAGAAUUUGCUGGAAAAGAGGUUUUGCUUCAUAGAAUUCCAUUAUAACCACCAACAGGAGAACAAUAUACAGUUCCAUUUAAAAGAUUUCAGUUCCCAAUUAGAUUGUGUUUUGCAAUGACCAUUAACAAAGCUCAAGGUCAAACACUUGAUUAUGUUGGCAUUUACUUGAAAGAACCUGUUUUUUCUCAUGGUCAGUUGUAUGUAGUACUUUCGAGAGCAAAAAGUAUAAACAGUAUUAAAGUUUUUAUAACGGGAUCUACAUAUGGUAGCUCAAAGAAAUAUAACAACUAAGAAUAUCGUCUAUAAAGAGAUUUUACAACAUGCUCAUCAGCUGUCGAUGUAGGUAGCUGUUGAUCUUUGCAACUACAGGAUGCAUGGUAUUUCAUUGCUUUUCAAUGAAAAAGGCUGUAACCUACUCACACGGUAUCGAAACCACACCCCUCUGGAACAGUAUUCAAUCAGGAAGUGACAAAACUUCACCAAGAAGAUGAAAUCUAAACAUUAGAUCAGGAGAUUAGAACGAAUCAACCUCAUUCUGUGCUUAUGGCUGAAUGUGAUACUUGCCUCAUGUUUUGGUGAGAUGGAAACUUAAACUAGGUUGUUUUUUAUGGUGGGCUUAAUUUUGGUUUAUCAUUUCCUGGUCCUUCAACAGUUUCCAACAUGAAAGACCCAACAAGCCAAUUAAAAUUAUUGUUGACAGGAAACAGAGGAAAUAAUGGCUAUAAAGAUAAAUCAAGAGUACUCAAUUUGUUAGUAUUGAUCUAACUGCAUAAUUACAACAGGUACGUGCAGAUUUUGGACAUUAACAAUUUUUUUGAAAUAGGGCUAUCAUAUUUCCAAUAACUUUAUAAAUUAGAGCAGACCAUAUUUAUUACACAUUUUUUUUUGUUUUUUUUGUCGGCUUUAAGGAUAUUUAAUAUGUGUAUUGAACCUGAUUUGAUAUUUUAGUCAAUUUAUAUGUAAAAGUUGUUAUGUA